AUGUCGCUCUACUCGGAUGCGCCUGAUGCCCGGGCCUUUGAUGAGGACAAGCCAACCCUGCUUGUCUCGUGGUGGAUCACAGCAUUCUGCAUGGCCAUCAUCCUAACUCGAAUGGCCGGUAGAUAUGUGCGUGUCGAAAAGUUACUCAAGGAGGACAAGAUUGUUGCCGCAGCUCUCGUACCACUCGUUCUAAGAGCCGUGUGUGUUCAUUUUGUGCUCAAGAACGGCACGAAUAAUGUGAACCUGGAUGGAUUGGACCUGAGUGACGAGGAUAUCGAAAAGAGGGUUAUGGGAAGCCGCUUCGUCAUGGCGAGUAGGAUAUUCUACGCUUCUGUGCUUUGGAUUCUUAAACUUACCACUCUUGAAUUCUUUGAGCGUCUUGCCGGUGCCACAAGACGAAGAUCACAUCGUGUCAUGAUUCACGUUAUUCGCGGCACCCUCGCUGCCACCUUUCUUGCCGUUCUCGUUAGCGAUCUCGCCGAGUGUCAGCCGUUCCCUCACUACUGGCAGGUCACACCCGAUCCUGGACCUCAAUGCCGUCAAGCGUUUGUGCAGAUGCUCACGAUGGGCUCGUGCAACGCCCUCACCGAUCUUCUUCUCAUCGCUUUUCCCAUUCCCAUUAUCUUAUCGACACAAAUUCCAACCAAGCGCAAGGUUCUUCUCAUCAUGCUUUUCGGUUUCGGACUCUUGACUGUUGGCAUCACUUUGUACCGUAUCCCGCGAAUUCUACAAGCGGGCGGUAGUCAGGUAGUUCGCACAAUGUGGGCGUCCAUCGAGAUCCUCGCCGCCACCGCCGUCGGCAAUAUCGUUGCGCUUGGAUCGUUCUUGCGCGACAGUGGUGUCAAGCGAAAGAAGUACAAGGACUCGGCGAGUUACGACGGAUACUCCAACUCGAGAUCCCAAUCGCAGGGCACGAGACUUACUCGCACGGCUGGACAGAGUCAGUGGGAGGAAGACGAAGCCCCUGUACGAACGACGGAAGGGAUCUGGGCCAAAUCACAUGAUGAUUCCAUCUCGAAAGGCUCCGGGGAACGGCCUGUUAGUCCAACUCAGAGUCACGAUUCACUCAUCACACGUGAACACUUCAACGAGUCAAUGGAGAUACCGCGGGAUGGGUUUGCAUACCGACAGCCUCCAACGGCAGUGAUUGCUGGAGAUGUCAGAGAGGUGCAGCGAGCGCAGACGAAUCAUUGA